AUGGAUGUUUAUUCUUCCAAACUUUCUCCCGCAGUGGAUUAUGGGGCUGGGGCUUUUCUGUUGCUAAUAGCAAUUAUGUCCAUUGUGGGGAAUCUCCUGGUUCUUAUCAUGGCAUACAAGAGAUCUUCUCAAAUGAAGCCCGCAGAGCUCCUCAGCGUGAACCUGGCAGUGACAGAUCUUGGUGCAGCAGUCUCAAUGUAUCCACUUUCUGUAGCAUCAUCAUGGAAUCAUUCCUGGAUAGGGGGUUAUGCCACCUGUAUCUACUAUGCCUGGAUGGGGUUCUUCUUUGGUGUAGCCAGUGUGGCAACCCUGACGGUCAUGGCUGUAGUGCGCUUCACUGUGUCCAUGACACUACAGUCUCACACAGAGAAAAUUAGUAAAAGGACCGUGUGGAUGAUGUUGGCAGGCACAUGGCUGUAUGCUCUCUUAUGGGCUAUGUUUCCUUUGAUUGGUUGGGGAGCAUAUGGACCUGAGCCCUUCGGCCUGUCCUGCACACUGGCCUGGGCAGAAAUGAAGGAGCACAGCCCAUCCUUUGUCAUCAGCGUUUUUGCCAUGGUCCUGAUCAUCCCAGCCAUAAUUAUCAUUUGCUGCUACUUUGGCAUCGCCCUCCGACUCCAUUUCUCCUUCAAGUCUGUAGAGAAUGCCAGCGUCAUCCAGAAUAAAGUUAAGAUGCAACACCGACUCAUGUUGAUUGCUGUUCUGAUCAGUGCUGGUUUCAUUUGCUGUUGGACACCCUAUGGGAUAGUGAGCUUAUGGUCAAUCUACUCGGCUUCCUCCGUCACUCCCCAAGUCAGUAUGUUGCCCUGCCUCUUUGCCAAGACUUCCACUGUGUACAACCCGCUAAUCUAUUACACCUUCAGCAAGCCUUUUAAACAGGAGGUGAAGCAGGUUCUUCAUGUUUGCAUUAGAUCCCAGGCAAGCCGUGGCUCUCAGCCAAAUAGUAACCUUACAGAGAAUACAAACUACAUGGUGUGUGGAGGAACCACAAUCAAAGAAGAUCUUCACUCAUUUCAGAAGCCCAAAUCUGAUACACAAUUCAUGCCUUUGGAUUAUCAAUAA